AUGAGAGAAUUUGGCGAAGAAGUGGCUAUACAAGCCAAAUCCAAAUCGGUGCAAGUAGUGCUAGGCCCCAACAUCAAUCUUCAUCGUGAUCCACGAGCCGGUCGCAAUUUUGAGGCAUUCAGCGAAGACCCCCUGGUAACUGGGAAGCUCGCAGCUGCUAUUGUCAACGGGAUUCAGUCCCAGGGCGUGGGUGCUUGCGUGAAGCAUUUCGUCGCCAACGAAAGCGAGACUGUCCGCAGACGCUACAAUGUCGAUGAGUCUGGCAACAGUAGGACAAUGCGAGAGUUAUAUUUGCGCACAUUUCAGCACUUAUUGCGUCGAGGCAACCCGGUCUCAAUCAUGACAGCCUACAAUGCACUUGACAGCCACUUCUGCAGUCAAACUCCCCUUCUCAAGUCAUUACUGCGUGAUGAUUGGAACUACGAUGGCUGUAUUAUGUCUGAUUGGUACGGGACUAAGAGUACCGUUGAGGCCCUCCAGGCAGGGCUUGAUCUCGAGAUGCCUGGGCCAUCUGUCUACCGUGGAUCGAAGUUGCUUGAGGCGAUCGAACGCAAACAAAUUUCUGAAGAAGCUCUCAAUGCUGCCGUGACGAAUGUCUUAACCAUGAUUGACCGGACCGCUGCUAGUCACAGUGAUAAAGAGGAGCAGUCCUUGAUUUGCGAACGAACCAGUGCCAUGGCAUUGAGAGCAGCAUCAGAAGGAAUUGUACUUCUCAAGAAUGACAACAACAUCCUCCCACUUGAUAUGAAGGGUGGUCUGAAUGUGGCUCUCAUUGGAGCUGCCGCCAUCAAUCCGUCUAUCACCGGUGGGGGCAGCGCGUGUGCCAAGCCUCAAUACGUCCACACGCCCUUGAAAUGUUUCCAAGAUGCGUGUCAGGAUCCCGAACAAGUUUCCUUUGUGCAUGGUGUCAACGCCAAUAAUGUCAUACCUCUGAUGCCAGCCAACAUGAUGCAGUCUCGGGAUGGACUCUCUGGUGUGACAGUAGACUAUUUCCUGGAUGGGUCUGACACGCCCAUCUUUUCUGAGCAUUCUGAGCAGCCUGUUGUGGUGAUGCUUGGAAGGUUGAAGCCAGGUCUUUCUCAGACUGGAUUCUAUUUUGUCAUGGAGACUACUAUUAUGGCAAAUAAAAGUGGAAACCACAAAUUGGCUGUACAGGCCACAGGAGAAUUCACAUUAUCUGUGGAUGAAAUCGAGGUACUUUCGAUGCCUGCCCCGGUCAUGACAGUCGAAGACUUCUUGUUUGAACCUAAGAAGUUGGAAAACGCGGUUGAAUUCCAAAUGGAGGCUCACAGGCCAUACAAAAUCACCUUGCGAACUCAUUCUCGUGACAUCGCUUCGGCUGACGGGGAGAUCUCUCCUCAUUCGGCAAAAUUAUGCUUCAUGGAAGAGCAUAACGAUCGCGUUGCCAUCGCCGAGGCAGUCACUGUCGCGGCUCGCUCAGAUAUCAGCGUAAUCUUUGGUGGUCGCACACACCAGCACGAGUCUGAAGGAUUUGACCUUCAAACCUUGAAACUGCCGGAGAGCCAGGUCCGCAUGAUCAAAGCAGUUGCUAGUGUGUCCAAGAAAUCAAUCCUUGUCAUGCACUGUGGAAACCCUAUUGAUGUCUCUGAUUUUAUUGAUGAGAUUGACGGAGUCAUAGUAGCCCAUUUCCCAGGACAAGAAGGCGCACAAGCCAUCGUCGACAUUAUCAGCGGAAAGACAAACCCAAGCGGAAAGUUGGCUACUACGUGGCCCAUGCGGUUGGAUGAGAGCUCUGUUCCGACAUUUGGAAACUUUCCAGCCAAAGAUGUUGGCAACGGACCGGUUAUUCGAUACCGCGAAGGUUUGCAAAUGGGCUAUAGAGCGCCUAACACGGCAAAGUUUGUCCGUUGGCCAUUUGGACACGGUUUAUCCUACUCCACCUUCGAGUAUACAAACAUGAGCGUCCUCUCUCACGAUUCGAUGAACGAAGAGGCGGCUUUAAAAUGUCCCAUCAGGAUGGUCCAGAUUGCCGUGGACGUUCAAAAUACAAGCAGAAGGGCUGGGUAUGAAGUGAUUCAAGUCUAUAGCCAACCUCCACUCCAUCCUAUCGUCUGGAGACCCCGGUCGGAGCUGAUCGCAUUCACUAAAGUAUGGCUGGAGCCCAAUGAGACCAGACGAGUUGGCCUCUCCGUUUCUCAGAGAGACAUUAGCGGCUAUUGGGAUAGCGUAUCCAAAUGCUGGCGGUCCCUGAACGGCAGUUACAAGGUGACUACUCGGGACUGUACAGCGUAUCUGCAGAUAGAGGACAUGGGAACAUGGAAUGGCCUUUGA